UUUGUUAAUGUUUCACAGAUGGUGGCCCUCACUGUGCUGAUGCAUUUUGGCCGCUCGGAUAUUGAUAUACACGAGUAUAAUUAACAUUUUCUCUCACCCCAGGUCGUCUCCAUGAACAAGGUCAGUUUCAGAUCGAGAUCAGAUGGAGUCUCAGGGAGAGAGGCUGGCGGGGACAGGAGUCGUGCCAAGAAGGCAGUAAACGACAAAAGGCUCUCGCAGAACUACUGCUUGAGUCAUGCUUAUUUUGGAUGUGUCCGAAGGUGAGUCUCAUUGAGAUAGGAAUCUCUAGCCCCGUUUAUACCUUGUGCUAGCAUGUGUCCUUUGUCCUGAUGGUGCCCACAACCUGAUUGUGCCCAUGUUUGUAGGUGUGUAGACGAUCGAAAUACACAUUGUGAACAGAUUGUGAUCUGAUGAUCCUGUUCAGAUUUUAAAUUCUUGAAUUGAUUUUUCUUUCUCUGAAUUGACUGAAUUAAAAUGGAAUGAACCUGGACAAUGUUGUUAGAAAAACAGUUGGUUGCGUAAAUACUGUAGUAAUUCACAUUUUUGCCUAAAUACUAAAAUAUCAAUGUACAUGCAAAAACACGUUAAAUGGUGACCCGUCAUUCAGGGGAGAUGGGGAGCCCCACAUGUUUAGCUGUUGUCUGUUUUGCAUGUUAUUUGGGCAUUAGCACGUAUCACAUACUGUAUUGUUUGCAAACAAUGUAAAAAAUAAUAAUAAUUGAGUUGAUAAAGCCGCAUACACACAUGGUCUCUUUUUUGCUUUCAUAAGUAAGGCCACUCCAAAAUGCAGGUGUUUCAGCCUAGCUCAGUGCUUUCUGUGGUGGUGGGGCAGCCAGGAGAAAAUAUGGAGCGUAGGGGUUGGUAAUGUUCUCUAAUCUAUGAGGAGAGCUCGAAAGUUCAAGUCCCUUGGGUGCUGCCAUAGAGUUGCAUUAGAAGUGCCCAUCCAAGAAGGCUCAAUGUCAUUGGCUACAUAUAAAUUGCCCUCGCUAGAAGCAUGUGUUUCAGACAUAAGGAAGUGGAUGGCUGCAAACUUUCUACUAUUAAACUCGGACAAAACAGAGAUGCUUGUUCUAGGUCCCAAGAAACAAAGAGAUCUUCUGUUGAAUCUGACAAUUAAUCUUAAUGGUUGUACAGUCGUCUCAAAUAAAACUGUGAAGGACCUCGGCGUUACUCUGGACCCUGAUCUCUCUUUUGAAGAACAUAUCAAGACCAUUUCGAGGACAGCUUUUUUCCAUCUACGUAACAUUGCAAAAAUCAGAAACUUUCUGUCCAAAAAUGAUGCAGAAAAAUUAAUCCAUGCUUUUGUCACUUCUAGGUUAGACUACUGCAAUGCUCUAUUUUCCGGCUACCCGGAUAAAGCAUUAAAUAAACUUCAGUUAGUGCUAAAUACGGCUGCUAGAAUCCUGACUAGAACCAAAAAAUUUGAUCAUAUUACUCCAGUGCUAGCCUCUCUACACUGGCUUCCUGUCAAAGCAAGGGCUGAUUUCAAGGUUUUACUGCUAACCUACAAAGCAUUACAUGGGCUUGCUCCUACCUAUCUCUCUGAUUUGGUCCUGCCGUACAUACCUACACGUACGCUACGGUCACAAGACGCAGGCCUCCUAAUUGUCCCUAGAAUUUCUAAGCAAACGCAGGCCGGUUCCCCUCUUUCCACUGGGAUUCUCUGCCUCUAACCCUGUUACGGGGGCUGAGUCACUGGCUUACUGGGGCUCUCUCAUGCUGUCCCUGGGGGGGGUGCGUCACCUGGGUGGGUUGAUUCACUGUUGUGGUCAGCCUGUCUGGGUUGGCGCCCCCCCCUUGGGUUGUGCCGUGGCGGAGAUCUUUGUGGGCUAUACUCGGCCUUGUCUCAGGAUGGUAAGUUGGUGGUUGAAGAUAUCCCUCUAGUGGUGUGGGGGCUGUGCUUUGGCAAAGUGGGUGGGGUUAUAUCCUUCCUGUUUGGCCCUGUCCGGGGGUGUCCUCGGAUGGGGCCACAGUGUCUCCUGACCCCUCCUGUCUCAGCCUCCAGUAUUUAUGCUGCAGUAGUUUAUGUGUCGGGGGCUAGGGUCAGUUUGUUAUAUCUGGAGUACUUCUCCUGUCCUAUUCGGUGUCCUGUGUGAAUCUAAGUGUGCGUUCUCUAAUUCUCUCCUUCUCUCUUUCUUUCUCUCUCUCGGAGGACCUGAGCCCUAGGACCAUGCCCCAGGACUACCUGACAUGAUGACUUCUUGCUGUCCCCAGUCCACCUGGCCAUGCUGCUGCUCCAGUUUCAACUGGCCUGGGCCCUAGGACCAUGUCCCAGGACUACCUGACAUGAUGACUCCUUGCUGUCCCCAGUCCACCUGGCCAUGCUGCUGCUCCAGUUUCAACUGUUCUGCCUUACUAUUAUUCAACCAUGCUGGUCAUUUAUGAACAUUUGAACAUCUUGGCCACGUUCUGUUAUAAUCUCCACCCGGCACAGCCAGAAGAGGACUGGCCACCCCACAUUAUGCUCUCUCUAAUUCUCUCUUUCUUUCUCUCUCUCGGAGGACCUGAGCCCUAGGACCGUGCCCCAGGACUACCUGACAUGAUGACUCCUUGCUGUCCCCAGUCCACCUGACUGUGCUGCUGCUCCAGUUUCAACUGUUCUGCCUUAUUAUUAUUCGACCAUGCUGGUCAUUUAUGAACAUUUGAACAUCUUGGUCAUGUUCUGUUAUAAUCUCUACCCGGCACAGCCAGAAGAGGACUGGCCACCCCACAUAGCCUGGUUCCUCUCUAGGUUUCUUCCUAGGUUUUGGCCUUUCUAGGGAGUUUUUCCUAGCCACCGUGCUUUUACACCUGCAUUGUUUGCUGUUUGGGGUUUUAGGGUGGGUUUCUGUACAGCACUUUGAGAUAUCAGCUGAUGUACGAAGGGCUAUAUAAAUAACUUUGAUUUGAUUUGAUAAAAUGACGUCAAAUCAUGUUAUAUCUACAGUAGCUUUGAUUGGACUCAAAAUCGUAGCUAGCAAGCUAGACAAACAGUCAUCGUUAUGAAUCAAGUCAACAAUGUAGAUAAAUGUAGAUAAAUCGUAUCGGCCAUUGGACAUAAACAUUACACAACAAGUUGAAAUCGCAAAUUCAACAAUGAGUGGUUUGGAAGGAAUCAGUGGCUAACUGCAAGCGUUGCAUAGCAAUCACUAGCCUGCUAUUCAUUGUGGUCCAAGUCUGGGUUUAAGGGUCUCUUUUCUAAGAGGGAACUCAGGCCUCUUUCUAGAGCUCCGACCUGAAGAUCACUGACGUCCUGAUUCAACUUGUUUUUUUUUCAGAGUUCUCAGUAGUCUUGAAAGAACCAUAAAUCCAGAGAAUGCCAGACUUUGAUGACAAAUUAGAUGACAAAAUUUGCCCACAAGGACCACCGCUCCACCUUCCUGUGGUGAGCACAUCACAACAAGGACCUCUAGUCACAUUAGAACGUAUGGACUCCGCCAUUGAGAAGAGAAGAGGAGACAGAGGACAGCCUUGCCGGGUUCCUCUACUCAGGGGCAAUUCUUGGGAACUUAAACCUUUGGUUGGAGACCAUAACUCUGGGACUGACCUCCAGCGGCUCACUGUCUCUGAAGAGAAGGUUAACUCGGGGCAGCAGGAGUGGAGCUCCUAUCUGGGGCCAGUGGAGUCUGAUACCGAAGAGUCUACUUGGAACUCUUUCAACAUCAUAACGGUAGAGAAACAAAAAGAAUCUGAUGGCAACAGAGAAUCAGAUGGCGACGGCAACAGAGAAUCAGAAUCAACCAGUGACUAUCAGCCCCCCUCGGAAGUAAAUCCGGAAAGUGACAAUGAUGAAAGUAAUGGCGGAAAAGUGCAUGGAGUGGAGAAGAGAAUACCUCUGUCGGGGUCAAAGAGACGACGAGGACGGCCAAGAAAAGAAACCAGUGAGUUGACAGAGCCGAAGUGUGAUGUGUGCGUAAGAUACUUUGCGACAGCAAGUGGUCUGGAAAGGCACCGGCAGUUACGGCACAGUGAAGACAGACCAUACAUGUGCGAUACAUGUGGCCAGUGUUUCGCCUUAAACCGAUACCUGACCCGACACAUGAAGAUUCACACAGUGGAGAGACCACAUCGCUGCACGGUAUGUGGCAAACGUUUCUUUCACAAGGAAAGCCUGAAAAAUCACAUGGUUAAUCUGCAUACGGGGCUGAUUUUUAAAUGUGAUUUGUGUGGGAAAUGCUUGUCGACAAAAGGUCGUCUGAAACUGCAUAGGCAAAAUCACACUGGGGAAAAAUCGCAUCCGUGCAAAGAAUGUGACAAGGCUUUCUACUGCGAGUCAGACUUGAUAAAGCAUACGAGGACUCACACUGGGGAGAAACCGUUUCAGUGCAAAGAAUGUGGCAAGUGCUUCGGCGAGAAGGGAAGCCUGACAAAGCAUAUGAUGACUCACACACAGGAGAAACCACACUGCUGCAACGAAUGUGGCAGACGCUUCAACCUCAAGGGAAACCUGACAGUGCAUAUGAGGACUCAUACGGGGGAAGGAGUUCAAUGUCAUUUGUGUGGAACUUACUUGAAGUUAGCAGCAAGUCUGAAGAGACAUCUGCGAACUCACAGAAUAAAUAUUGCCAAUGACUGAGAACACAUAACAAUGCACGUUGUGUAAAAUGUGUUGUUGGAAGGUAGAGACUAUGUUAAAGAGGACACCCCUCAGGUCACGGCUCUUGCUACAGUCUGAAAUCUGGGAAUCUGUUCCAUGGCCAUUUUUACGGAACGCUAUCACAUUAUCAAAUUCCAAUCAACUAUUUAUUACGCCCUUUUUAAAAACGUUACACUCUCAAGUCCAAGUUAGACAUUUUCAGAACUGAAGAAGUCUGUGAAGAUAAAUCACAUCCCACAACAUCUGUUGUGUAGAUUUAGUUAUAUGCCUUCACCCCCAAAUGAAUGGAAAAGAUAAGAAACCAAAUCGAACCAGGAAAUUAGAUGGUUUUCCGCAGGUAGCCUAGUGGUUAGAGCGCUGGACUUGCAACCGGAAGGUUGCAAGUUCAAACCCCGAGCUGACAAGGUACAAAUCUGUCGUUCUGCCCCUGAACAAGGCAGUUAACCCACUGUUCCCCAGUUGGCUGUCAUUGUAAGUAAGAAUUUGUUCUUAAAACUGACUUGCCUAGUUAAAUAAAGGUUACAUGUAAAAAUGUCUAUUCAUUUGGGAUUCAAAUCUAAUUUCAUUUGUCACAUGCUUCGUAAACAACAGUGAAAUUCUUACUUACAGGACCUUCCGAACAAUAUAGAGAAAUAAUAAUACACAAUACACAAACGAUAAAAUGGGUUACCAGUACACAGUCGACUCGGUACUGGGAUGUUGUCAUUCUUCUUUUCAAGUCUGAAAACGUAUGACAAACUUUACUUUUCAGUGAAAUCUCUUUCAUUUCUAAGAAAUGUAAUUUAUGAUUUUUUCUGAUGCAUGACAACUACUGUCAUAUGUCUGUUAACAAAGCUCUAAUGGUGUGUGCUGUGGUAAAACUUUAUAUCAGGUUUGAAACACGUUGUAGUUUGUUGUACAUGGUUUUUGGCAAUAAAAUGGACUGAGCCCAGACAAAGGACAUUUUUUCAAAAUAUAUUGUUUGUACCAGAGAGAGAUUUUAAAUGUAUUUUUAAUUUUAUUUUUAUAUUUAACCUUUAUUUACCUAGGCAAGUCGGUUAAGAACACAUUCUUAUUUACAAUGACGGCCUACCCUGGCCAAACCCUAACCCGGACGACACUGGGCCAAUGACGGCCUACCCUGGCCAAACCCUAACCCGGACGACACUGGGCCAAUGACGGCCUACCCUGGCCAAACCCUAACCCGGACGACACUGGGCCAAUGACGGCCUACCCUGGCCAAACCCUAACCCGGACGACACUGGGCCAAUGACGGCCUACCCUGGCCAAACCCUAACCCGGACGACACUGGGCCAAUGACGGCCUACCCUGGCCAAACCCUAACCCGGACGACACUGGGCCAAUGACGGCCUACCCUGGCCAAACCCUAACCCGGACGACACUGGGCCAAUGACGGCCUACCCUGACCAAACCCUAACCCGGACGACACUGUGCCAAUUGUGCGCCGCCGAUCUAGGCCAACAUAAUCAAUAAUAAUUAUAGUUUAUUUAAGUUUUUUAUUUUUCAACAGAAAACAUUUUCAAGGUCUCUAUUUUAACAAACUAAACACUGUUGUGAAUCUUGAGCUGCCAUUGUUGAUUAAAGUUGUUCUUAAUCAUUUCAAAAUAAACGUGUACAAUUAA